AUGUCGACCCAAAGUAUGAUGGACCGCUUUCAAGCGGCGAAAUUCAGCGUUGCCGGUCAGGGUUUAGCGAAAGUUGUGUGUAAAGCCACCACAGAAGAGAUUAUUGGACCGAAGAAAAAGCAUCUCGAUUAUUUAUUACAGUGUACGAGUGAACCAAAUGUAUCCAUACCACAAUUGGCUAAUUUACUUAUUGAACGUACUCAACAUCCCAAUUGGGUUGUGGUAUUCAAAUCUCUUAUUAGUGUACAUAACCUGAUGAAUUAUGGAAAUGAGAGAUUUACACAAUACCUGGCCUCGAAUAACUGUACCUUUAAUCUGGGUGGGUUUAUGGACAAGACCGCGUUUGAUAUGUCAACAGCCAUUAGACGAUAUGCGAAAUAUUUAAAUCAAAAAGCCUUCUCCUAUAGACAGAUGGCUUUUGAUUUCUGUAAAGUGAAACGAGGGAAAGAUGAUGGAUUAUUAAGAACUAUGAACACAGAAAAAUUAUUAAAAGCAUUACCCUGUUUACAACAACAAAUAGAUACUCUUAUAGAAUUUGAUACAUCCCCUAAUGAAUUAACUAAUGGUGUAAUGAAUGCAGCAUUUUUAUUGUUAUUUAAAGAUUUAAUUCGAUUAUUUGCUUGUUAUAAUGAUGGUAUUAUUAAUUUACUAGAAAAAUAUUUUGAUAUGAAUAAGAAACAAUGUAAAGAAGGGUUAGAGAUAUAUAAAAGAUUUUUAGUCAGAAUGGAUAAAGUCUCAGAAUUCUUACGAGUGGCAGAAAAUGUUGGUAUUGAUAAAGGUGAUAUUCCAGAUUUAGCCAAGGCUCCAGCUAGUCUCUUGGAUGCUUUAGAACAACAUUUAGCUCAGUUAGAAGGAAAGAAAGCUGGCUCACCUCCUGGUAAUAAUGCUAUGUAA